CUCGCACGUGUGUUUAUUAUUUUGGUACCGCGCGCCACACGACUACGGAGUUUUUUCGCUUUCGUUUCGGGUUGUUUUCAAUAGUUUUAAGUGGUUAAAUAGUGCAAAAAUUAGUGAAAAAUGGCAAUGAAAGAAGAAAUCCUCAAACGCCUCACAAUUCCGGACCAGGACUUCCACGCCAACCUGUCGUACGGAAUCAAGCUGUGGAAGUCGGGCAGCUUCUACUACAUGUCCAAGUACGAGGUCAUUUUCGAGCACUUUUUGGACGGGCUGGGCGGGUACGCGAAGCAGUUGGCCAAGCAGGACCCGGCUGGGUUCGAUGGGCGGUGGGCUUUGGUGAACGAGUUUUUGGCCCUACCGUGUCCCUCGAAUGCGCUUCCACCGAGGGUGAUUCCAAGGUUGGGGGAGGUCUUUGACAAGUUGAGGAAGGGGAAGAGCAUCGUUAAGACGAGGGUUCUGCUGGAGAGCUUCCUGACGGUGGCGUUCGACGUAAAGUACAAGAAUUUCUACAAGUUUGAUUAUUUGAGCUACGGGACGAUUCUGGGGAUUGCUUUGCGAUAUUACCUGUCGUUUUUGGAAGAUGGUUUCCAAAAGGACGAGGAGGAGGACACGAUCAAGCGGAUCUUUGAUGACAUUCGAAUCUACGUGAAGUCUGCUGGUGGGGAAGAAAAGUGGCAGAAAGCCUUCACCACGGUGCUUCCUUCACUGUGCGAAGUAGUUUUGCAGUUGAAGUCUCGGGGAUUGGACUGCCAGGAGAGUUUGCUGGACCUGCUGAAGCAGAUCUACUUCCUGGACGGGAAAGGUCCGCAGUACAAUCGCGUUACGGACGCUUCGAAGAAGCACCUCUUCAUGAGCUGUUUCGAUGCGAAUGAUUUGCCACUUCACGUUAUUGCGAUUCUGAUUGAGGGAUACCUGAAAGCAUAUCGCGAGGUCAAGCUGGACAUCCUGUUGUUCCUCAAGUACUUCCUGCUGCACGUCUUCGUUGACGCGGAAAAGUCCAUCCUCUCCGACAUGCACCAAAUCUUCCAGCUGACCAAGUUUGUGUUCCAUCUGCUCAAGAAGUACUUUAUCAAAAUCGACCAGAAGCUGGUGGAAGACUUUGACUUCACCGGAAUCUUCACCGUCAAGCUGAAGGACUUCCUGGACAAGUACAGAUCGUCGGAGACGCACCUCGCGGACAUCUUCGCCCUGAUCUGCACCAUCAACCAGUACAAUCCGCUCAUCCUGGAAGCGAGCAUUAUCGAUAUCAUCCUGAGGGGCAUGUUCACGAAGAAGGGUCCGCAGGCCCUCGGACGGUACCAAGCGAUGCUGAUUUCGACGAUCGAUCUGUUUGGGAAGCUUAAUCGGAGCGAGAACUUCCGCGAGGAGUUGUUCUUGAAGUUGGGCGAUUAUCUUGACGAUCAUGAACUGGGGGACACGCUGAAGGAGCUGAGGAAAGGUUCCAAAAAGAGGAAGUCCAUUGCGGCAGUGGACACUCCCGGAAAGCGACGAAAACUUGAAGAUGGAGAAGACUCGCAGGAUCCAGACGACUCAGAGCACUACCUCAACCUGCUCUACCCAUCAGACCCGGAAGCUUCAGCCCAAAAACCCUGCCAACUCCAACUGCAGGACCACUUCAAGUCCCUCUCCUUCGCCUGGCCCGACUCGGACGGCGCCCUCGGCCACGCCAUGCUCGACUACGUGCGCGGCCUGCUCACCAAGCGCAGCUUCAUCUACUGGCGCAAAAUGCAAGACUACCUCGCCGAACAGCUGGAAACCGUCGCGGAAGACCCAAGCGAGGCGGAACUCUUCAAGCUGGACUUUGCCGUGUGCUGGCUGUGCUACUUCUUCGCCGGAAAUACCCUCGUCGAGCAGACCAACCUGUUCUGGGAGAAGCUGCAGAAGCAGUUUGGCGAGUUUGACGAGCUGAUGGCCAGCUUUGGACGGGCGUUGAUCAGCGAAAAUGUGACGGAGUCAAGAGUUUUCGCUUCUUUUUUGAAGUUGGUGUAUUUCUACGGUAAUUACCGCCUCGUGGUCCACCACUACCGACCCGACUCGAUUGAAGACAGCCAAACCCACCUGAUUCACGAAUUCCUAACCCAAGAAGAGUGGAGCCAACUCGAACAAAAAGUUCCAACCUCCGAAGAACCGCUCUACAACCGCGUUCGCCUGCAAAAACUCCGUCAAACCCAACUAACCACCGAAGAACCCCCAAACCUCGACUGCGUCCACAAGAUCCUCGCCUCGCAAGACUUCACCCAGCUGCGCUGGCUCCUCGCCGACCGCUCCACCAACGGAUGGUUUCUCCAACAGCUGGAAGCGCCUCAGAAAACGACGGUCAUCGAGCAGCUGCUUCAAAACGGUUGCUUCCCGGAAAUUAAGCAAAUCGUGACGCAGCAGUGCAACGAUCACGCGCUGAUGGAGGUGACGCUGCUGACCACGUACAAGCGCCUGGUGGAGUCGGUUCUCUGCGAUUGUAAAGCUUCCGUGGCGAGAAAGUUCAGCUUUGAGGGGAUUCACGAGGCUGGGAGUGAGGAGGAGACGAUGGCACGCGUUCAGAAGCUGCUCGAGAAGAAGGUCAAGCAGAGCGAUGAGCAGCAGGGAGUUGUACUGGACUUCGGGAACGGAGAGUUGAGGGAGCUGCUUGGGGUUUUGGAUUUUAUAAGGAUCGAUGAGAUGGCGGUGGAGCGGAAGACGGUCAUCGUUGGAGUUGGAGUGCUGAUUUUUGCCGAUCUGUUCAAGUCUGAGCAGCAGGAGAUUGUGGCGGCGUUCAAGAAUGUUAUCAGCAAACAACUCAUCUACGGCACCACCCCGAACCUGCUCAAGUUCCUCAACUUUGAAACGCUCAUCGCCAUCUUUGGCCAAUCAUCACCGCUAACAAUUGCUUUGUUCCGUCAAACUGCGGUCGACCUCUCGGAAGAAGCCUUCGCCGCCUUCCAACAGAUUCUUGACCACUUCAAAUCGCAAUCGUCAAAGGAUGAUCGCUUCGAGUUGGUUCUGCUGGUGUUCAACUGCUUGCAGAAGAACAGCGCCAAUCGCCGCAAGCUGAUCCCGGCGGCGCAGUUGGGCGAGUUGAUUUCCGGCUAUGUUGAGGCGAUUGAGGCCUUUAUUGUUGAGAAGGAGCCGAAGGCGGUGAAGAAGGAGGAUAAGGAGGCGUUCGAGAGUCUGCUGAAGGGUUGCUCGCUGAUAAUUCGUUACAAAGCGGUGAAGAAGCAGGAGUUGGGUGAUAAGCUGAGGGGGAAGUUCUUGCGGUGCGCGGAACAAGCGCUGAAGUUGGAGAGCUCGUCUGCUUCUGGAUUGCUGGUGAACGCGCUUCAGCACAAGGACUAUUUGAGGUUGGAGGCGGAUCGCGUCGAGUCUAUUGUUGAGAAUCGCUGGAAUGGCUUUUUGGCGCAACUUCGUUCGGAGGUUGAGUUGAACCAAGACUCGGCGGACAAAGCUGGUGACGACUCCGACGUCGACGGGCACUUCCAGUCGCAGAACGCAAAGAUCUUUGCCAACUUUUUGACUCACCACGAGAGUCCGGGCAAGCUGACGAAGCGGUUCGAUCGGUUGGAGACGGAGGCCGCGACUGGGACGGAUUUCAAAACGUUACGGUACAUCAUGCGGGUUUACACGACGCUGGCGAAGUUUGCCUUUGGUACGGCCGUGGCUCCGGAGGUCGAGAAGGCUUUCGUGAGGGCGUUCGGAGCUGUUUUGGCCAAGUCGGUUAUGGCGAUGAGCAUUUUGAAGAAGCACGUCGCGGAACCGGACUGCUUGGAGGAGGUUCUGAACUGCUUCGUAGCGAUGGUGGCGAAUCCAAAGUUGACCCUAACUCCCUCGAUCAUGGACAACAUCGUGGAGUUCCUGAGCAGCAUCAACAUCCGAAAGUUCACUGUCAAAGACGGCGAAGAGAAGCCCUUCUACCGGCUUCAUCGCCUGAUCAGCGACGUCCUCUACCUCCUAAUGACCACCCGACCAAACUACGUGGACAACCGCUUGCCGCAUUACUUCAACGUCUACAACGGCCUAAUGGCCGCAGUCAUCCAAUACAAAGAAGAUCGUCCCGCGGAUCAACCGCUGAACAGCUUUGAGAUCCUAACGCUGUCGGACCUGCUGCUCCCACUGGAAAAAAUCAUGUCGCUGGCGGAGAAGAAGGUCGAGAAGGAUCUGCGUAUCUGCGCGCCGUACAUCCUGGCGCAGAUCAUCGGCAGCAUUACGGAGGCGAAGCGCGCGACGACGCUGCACGAGAAGAUCGCGCGCAAUGUGCACAACAUCUGCUACGGGCUGAUGGCCAUUUACGAUAAGCACUCGGCGGCGUAUCUGCUGAGGACGUGCGACGAGGCGGCGAAGAAUGUGUACACCGACAUCGUGAAGGGAUUCCGCAAGUAUCGGUCGUUUAAGGGCAAGGUUUGAGGGGAGUUGCGAAGAGUGUUGGGAGUGAAGGUAAGUGGAAAAUUGAACAGAUUAUUUACAAAUGAAUGUUUGUUGCAUAAAUAUUAUGCAAUCAAGAAA